AUGAAAUCAUCUCAUUCUGAUUUAUAUAAUCAAAUGACACUUGAUGAAAUAUUUGAACGUUAUAAAAAAAAAGAAAAUAUUGAAGAAAAACUUCUUCAAAUAAUGAAACGUGAUAUAAAAGUUAUUAUUUGUCGACAAUGUCAUUAUACAUCAUAUAAACAAUCAAUAUUAUGUAAACAAAAACAACAUUAUGUUAAAAUAUGUGAAAUAAAACAAAAAUUUUUUGAAUGUAUUGAAUGUCAUAAAAGUAUUUUUACUUGGUCACAAUAUCCAAUAGAAAAUUGUAUGAAUUGUCAUAGUUUAAAAGGUUUUCAUCGUACAUCUUUAAUACGUGAACGUCAUGGAACGAAAUUUGAAGAUGAAAUUUUAUUAUUACGUGGUGAAGAAGAAAAAUUUCUUAAUUCAUUUGUUAGUUAUGAAAAAUUACCUAAUAUUAUCGAUUAA